AUGGCCUUUGGAACGAUUGUUACGUUGACCGUCCUACCUGUCCUCAUCUUCGCGCUUUGGCAUCUCACCUCGACCAUGCUUCCCCCUAUGCCUGCCCUUCUACGCAACAAGCGUAUCAUUCUGCUCAUUGCUCACCCGGACGACGAAUCCAUGUUCUUCUCGCCGGCCCUACAAGCCCUCACUCGGCCCUCCCUUCAAAACCAUUUGAAGAUCCUAUGCAUGAGCACUGGCAACAGUGAAGGCCUGGGCGCCACACGGAAACAAGAAUUAGAGAAGGCGGCCAUGACACUGGGAUUGAGGCGGAAGGAGGACGUCUUUGUGCUAGACGAUGAGAGGUUCAAGGACGGAAUGAAGGAGGAGUGGAAGCCCGAGGAGAUUGCGCUCGUGCUGGCCAGUGCAUUUGCGCCGCAUCUGAACUCUCCGUCUGCUCCAGCUGUCCCUGCCACCCCGACGCCGGAAUCCGACAAGGAAAAGGACAAAGACAAACGAAAAUCCAAAUCACUGCCUUCGAAACACACCAAAUCCUCCUCCCGAACAUCCAUAUCAACCCCACCAUCUCCGGCGCAAAAGGAGGCUGACGGACCCCGCGCAACCAUCGAUGUCCUUAUCACCUUUGACAAAGGCGGCAUCUCAGGUCAUCCCAAUCACGUUGCUUUGUACCAUGGUGCCUCUUCAUUCCUCCAGAAAAUCAUGAAAGGUCACUCCGGUUACGCCUGCCCGGUCACACUCUACACUCUACCCUCAAUCAGCAUUGUACGAAAAUACUCCUUCGUGUUCGACGCCAUACCCACCCUCCUCAUGGGGAUUUACGAGAGCAUAUUCGGCAAUCUAUUCGGAACGACGACGAAAGGCAAGACCGCUACGGGGAGCAAGAGCGCCGCAGACAGGGUGAUGUUUGUGAACGACAUUUUUCGGUAUUGGAAAGCGCGCGAGGCCAUGAUACGCGGACACAAAUCUCAGAUGGUUUGGUUUCGAUGGGGCUGGAUCGGGUUAGGGAGGUAUAUGGUUGUGAAUGAUUUGAGGAGGGAGCGCAUCGUUGCGAAUUAA